CCGGUACGUGCAACAGUGGAUCGAAGAAUCCUUUUCCCUCUAACCUCCAGCAGGGAAAAGCUGGACGGGUUCUAGCUAGAACACAGCGGUGCACUGACGGGAGAUGCAUAGUCGUCCAUGGUAAGCCACAGCACUCUACUUUCGUUUGUGUUUUUAGAUUUAUUGAUAUCAUUCGUUAUGGAGAUGACUUCGAAUUUUUGAAAAUAUAGCCGCUUCCCUCAGAAGGAGUCGUCAGCAGAUAGAAAUCGUUGAAAAUUAUGUUGGAGCUACGCCUCCCACUAUGAAGAACUCAAGCUAAUUUCUGACCUGAUGAUGCAAAACCGGCUGAAAGUAGUUGUGGCUUCCAAAUUUUACUGCAGGUCCUGAAAUUCAGGAGGAUUGGGUUGAUCUGGCAGUUGAGGAGCAAGUGCGCAUUGUGUCAAGCGCAACACGGUCAAAGCAUUGGCAAAAACCGACGCCAACAAGGUGGCUGCGAUAUACAGACACCUUUCGCGCCAUCAUAUCGCUAAUGCUUCUAUGCUCAGUCGUUUUCGAACCAGGUUCCGAGC